AUGGGCGAUAAUUGUACAGCUAAUGAUACUCUAGUCAACAGUUUUAUCCAGGAAGCAGCCGAGCUUGGCUUUAAUGUUGACCCCGAGCGUGGAAGAUGCUUUGCUCAUGUGCUCAACUUGUGCGCUAAGGAGCUACUUAGUAAUCUCGAUAUGGAGCCUCAUGAGAUCAAUGAAUCAAUCAUUGUCAACCAACUGGAGAAUGGCGAGGAAGUCAGCUCGGAGCAAUUGGAGGAUAUUCUGGCAAGAGAUGGAUUCAGUGGUGGUUAUGUCCAGAGGCUAAGAUCCAUUGUCCUGUUCAUUCAUGCUUCACCUCAACGGCUUCAUCGCUUCAGGGCGGUCGUGGCUUCCAAAAAGAGCUUUGGAAGCCGAGCGAUUCCAACUCUAGACUUUGCCGUGCGAUGGAACUCUACAUCAGUGUUUGAGACCGAGAAUAUUAUACUACUCGGUUCAAAUAAACGAGAUAUCAAUAUCAUUCGGUUCGAAUAA